AUGUCUGAACUUGCUGAUAAACAGUUGUCUACUGCUCCUUUCGACGCUCGUUUCCCCAACACUAACCAAACAAAAAACUGCUGGCAAAACUAUGUUGAUUACUUCAAGUGUGUCAACGCUCGUGGUGAAGACUUUGAACCUUGCAAGCAAUUCUACAAGGCCUAUCACGCUUUAUGUCCUAAUGAAUGGAUCUCCAAGUGGGAUUCUCAAAGAGAAGAAGGCACUAACCCUUCCAACUUCACCGUUUAA